GAGUCGCCAAAACUGUUGACGUGCCAAAAUGGAUGGAGUCGCCAUCUAUCCAAAUGAGGAAGGAAUUGCAAGCCUUAUUUUGGAGAUGUGUGAAGGCACUGAAUGAGGCAAAAUUUAAUGCAGCCUUAGUAGAGUUAGGCAAAUUGAAGCCUGCAGCAAGGGAUGACAUAAUGAAUGUGGAUCCCAAGCACUGGAGCAGAGCUUUUUUCAAAGCCGAAAUUAAGUCAUCUGUGGUUGACAAUAACAUGUGUGAGGUGUUCAAUGCCUUACUUGUUGAUGCACGACACAUGGCACUAAUUUCUAUGAAUCAAGAAAUGAGAGCUAUGUGUGCAGCAAGAACUGUUGGUAGGAGAGAGUUUGGUUCUGCUAAGUUUGUGGGAGAAUUUGGGCCUAAGAUUUGGACUAAGAUUGUACGGAAUAGGGAAGGUAGCAAGAAAUGCAAAGUCCUAUGGCCUGGUGGAGGUGGUUUUGAAGUUGAGGAUUACAUGAAUAGUAAAAAUAAAGUCAAUUCAGGCAGAAACACUUAUAUUGUAUAUUUGGAAGAUAGAAAAUGCACCUGUAGGUAUUGGGAUAUAUCUGGGAUUCCUUGUAGACAUGCCAUGACUGUAUUGAGUUUAAAAAAACUGAGAGUUGAAGAAUAUGUUUCAGAUUGGUACAAGUUAUCAAGAUUUAGGGCCUCUUAUGCAUAUGAGGUACUAGUUGUUGAAGGCAUGAAUCAAUGGACACCAACAGGGAUGCCAGCCAUACAGCCACCUGCACCACGGAAGAUGCUUGGCAGGCCUAAGAAAAAAAGAAAUCUUGAAGAAUGGGAAGGAAAGAGAAAAAUGGGAAGACAAGGAAGACAAAUAACCUGCCAGAAAUGCUUCCAAAAAGGUCACAAUUCCAGAUCGUGUAAAGGCCAACCGCCGAAUCCACCUCAUGGAGAAGACAACCUGCCACGCAUUGCUGAGGAAGAACUAGUGAACAUGACCCAAGAAGAUCCUCCAGUGAGUCAUGUAGUCAACCCAACUCCACCAGUUCAACAAGCCACAGCUCCCACUACAAGAAAGAAAGAGAGAGCUAGAAGCGCUGAUCGGCUAGUAAUGGAAGAAGGCAGAAAAGAGAGCAAGGAAAAAUACCCAACCCCAACCCAGCAAGAGGAUUCACCAUCUGCACCUCUAUCUGAAACCCAUUCACAAUCCACAAAAACACAAAAAGUCAAGCAUGCCUAUCCAAAAGGGAAGGGGAAGCAACAAUUUGAAGGUUUUGGAACAUAUGUGAAUCUGAAUACAGGUUUUUCCAAAUUAAAUCCUGGACAUAAAAGUGAAAGAAUUUUGUCGUUUGGAUAUGCACCAACAACACAUGCACCAACAACACCUGCACCAACAGCACCUACACCAACAGCACCUACACCAAUAGUACCUACACCAAUAGUACCUACACUACCUAUAGUACCUACACUACCUGCACCAAUGGCAGCUCCAUCUAUAACAGCAACAACUCCCUCAGGAAGCAGUAGGCGCAGUAGGCAAUUUGUUACUGCCACUAACUUACAAGCACAAUUAUGGGAAAAAAGAAGGCAAAAGGAAGGGCAAAAGGAAGAAGAAGCACUUGGUCGUUGGGCAGAGUUAUUGACUAAAAUUCACACAGAUAAACAGUCAAACGUUUAGACUGUGAAGUUAUUAUGUGUUGUUUGCAUGGAUGCUUCUUUUUUGGACAGAUUAGGGUGUGUAUUGCCUGGAUGAUUGUUUUUGGACUGCCACCCCUGUUGAGUGUAAAGCUUUUUGUUGUGUGUUUAGGGUGUGCUUCUAUUUUGGACAGAUAAAGGUGUGCUUCUGUUUUGGACAGAUAAAGGUGUGCUUCUGUU